GCAUCAUUAGCAGGAACUGCACUACGGAAGACUGGUCCGACGUUUAUCCCAGCAUCCACAGCGUUUGCUUUGAGCCCACCCCGAAUGGAAGCAAGCUUGUUUUCUACACGGUGAUGAAGACCCUUUACACGCUCGGACACAGCCUCUCUCUCAUCGCGCUCAUCACCGGCAGCACAAUCCUCUGUCUGUUCAGAAAACUCCACUGCACCAGGAACUACAUCCAUCUGAACCUGUUCUUCUCGUUCAUACUGAGGGCCAUCGCUGUGCUGGUUAAAGAUGCCAUUCUGUUUUCCCACGAGAAUGUAGAAUGUACAAAGCAGCCAUCACUGAUUGGUUGCAAGGCCAGCCUGAUCAUCUUCAACUACUUCAUCAUGGCAAACUUCUACUGGUUGCUGGUGGAAGGGCUGUACCUCCAUACUCUACUGAUGGUCAUCUUCUCUGAGAACAGACACUUCAUUAUCCAUCUCCUCAUUGGCUGGGGAUUCCCCACCGUGUUUGUGAUUCCAUGGAUUGUGUGUAGGAUUUACCUUGAGGACACAGGAUGCUGGGAGAGAAAUGAUGCUCCGAUUCCCUGGCGGGUGAUUAACUGGCCAAUCAUGGCAUCUGUUAUUUUAAACUUUAUUCUGUUCAUCAGCAUCAUUCGAAUCCUGGUCCAGAAACUGAGGUGUCCUGAUGUCGGAGGAAACGAUCAGUCCCAGUACAGGAGGUUGGCCAAAUCCACACUUCUCUUGAUCCCUCUCUUUGGCAUCAACUAUGUUGUUUUCGUUUACAUCAUAGAUGAAAAUGGAGAGAUGGAAAACUAUAAAAUAUUCUUUGACCUUGGUCUGGGAUCUUUUCAGGGCUUGGUGGUUGCGAUUUUGUACUGUUUUUUGAAUAGUGAGGUCCAGAGCGAACUCAAGAGGAAGUGGCGGAGUUUGCGUUUAAAGCGUUACAUUGGUCGCGACUACCGUCUGCACAGUUCGUCCAUAUCCAGGAACGGCACAGAAAACAUGGCCCAUCGGAACUCCAGAGCCCAGUCUUUCCUACAGACUGAGACCACCGUGGUGUGAGACAUCCAGAAGCGGCGCUAUAUGAAUCAUGCUUUUACUUCACUGCCCCUCAGCUAACAACUUCAAAAGCUUUAAGCUGAAGAGGACAAAGCUUUCUGAAACAUGAGAUUGACAUGCAGGAGACAUGAUGAGGAUUCAGCAUCUCUGAGGCACAACACUGUUUUGUCAGUAUACAAUGCAAAAUCUCGUUUCAUAGCAAAUUUUGCUAUAAACCACCAAAAUAGCACACUAAACCAAACCUCUGUGGGAUAGUAUUGGUGGCAUUAAAAACUACAAUUCCAUUUUUGCAGAUGCUGAUUAUAUAUACAUUGCUCUUUUUAAACUCUUUCAUUGCAUUAGGGUCAGAUUAUAUAAUAGUGUUAUGUAAAUGCUACUUAAGGCCCACAGCAAUUUUCUUAGACGUUAAUGGAGAUGCAGCACCAUGCUAUCAACACAUGAAAACUCAGCCACCUCACCAAGAACAUGUCUUGAAUGAAUGCAAGAAGUGGGUCACCUCUAUGCCAAACUCAAAUGUGAGGUUUUAUAAAGAGGACAUUAUAGCUGGAGGUGUCCACAUUAGCCAGGGACUCAUUUCAGGAGAGUAUGUCUUACUUCAGAUACAUGUUGAAACUGAAAAGUCAGUCGUGCAUUCAAACGAAAAAUGGUGAUUGUAAGAAAAAGCAAACAUUCUUGCACUGAUAUUGAACUGUUCCUGCAUCUACAGCAUUUCAUAAUGUCAUUUUGUCAUUAUACUACCCCUUGGAUUUUUUCCCCCUCUUAUAUACCUUGAAGAAAAGCCACAGUAUGAGAAAAUGUGAACUGGGAUACAAGAUUAUAUAAGAUAUGUAUAUUCUAGCACGUGAAUAUAAUUCAUUAUUGUCUGAGGAGAUUCAGUAUAGACUUAUGAAUGAAAUGACAAAUAUGUGGCAUAAAUAUUUAGUUCGCCCACAAAAAGAUGUGUCCAGUGAUGAACCAAACCACAACUCGCUGAUAUUACUCCACAAACUCUUUUAUUUCCACUGAUCCACUGAUCAGUCAUUUUAAUAGAAGGUGUUUCUGAUUAUUUUUGCUUUUGUGUUGCUCUGCCUCACAUUGUCAGGGGGGUUGGGGAAUUGUACACUGCAAUGGAUCCUGCGGUCUGUGCUCUUUCCAUUCAACUGAAAAACAGAUAAUUAAUCCAGUAGACAGUUGGAUGCAGAUUUAGGUCAAGUGAACUGACAAAACAGUGAGUGUGAGGGCGUAUGAAAGUGACAUUUCAGUGUGAGCUGUGCUCUGCGUUAUUGUUGCAAACAGAUUCUAGGAACUGCAGUCCAGAGACUUCACAAUGGAUUGGAGAGGAGAUCGGAUCUCUUACAGCCAGGCCUGAAGAGCGAGAGGUCCC